AUGCCUGUCGUGAAGUACAAGGAUCAGGAGUUUCAUCUCUCUCACGAUGAAGAAGAUAAAUUAAACCAGUUUCAGAUGAUUAGUAGUUUCCCAGAAGACGAGCUACCCCAAAUUAUAAAAUUAUUAAGAAAUCAUGGUUGGAGUUUAGAACCAGCUUUAGGUAGAUAUUUCGAUGGCACUUGGAAAGAUUCUUUCAAUAUGGUUGAUCCAGAAAUGACCGCUGUUCCCCCAACAAUACCUGAUAGAAUACCAACACCCACUCCUCCUUCUCUUCCCCCAGUCAUACCUAAUGCUGGUCCAUUUAGGAAUGAUAUCAUCAGAGACCCAUUUAUGUUCGAAAACAUUACAAAUAGUCUCGUGCCUUCAUUACCAAUAGUCAACGCAUUACCAAAUAAUUUUAAAGACAAAUACAGACAUGUAGGCUUACAAAAUAAGAGCGAUGAUAUAUGGAAUAUUGGGAAUGACGGAAAUCCUAUAAUAGCUAUACUAUUUUUCUUACCUAAGUUGUUAAUUAAGAUCGGUGGUGGGCUGCUGUCAUUAAUUUGGACAAUUAUAACCUUUGGUUUUAACUCGCAUUUAAAUGAUUCGGAUAGAGUGGUCGCUAUUCCUAAAAAACCUUCAGAAAAUUCAAAAUCAAUUGAACUUGUUCUAACAGAGUUAUUAGAUGAUGAAACAAAUCUAAGCAGAGUCAAAAAUUUGGUUAUUAACCAAAUCUCAUUUAAUGAAGCCUUAACUGCCUGUAAAGAGGAAUUUAAAUACAUUUUAGUUAUCAUCAUUGGGGAAACUUCAGAAGUUGAUACUGAAAUUGUAGAUAAGAAUUCGCAACUGUUUAUUAAGAAAAUUCUCUCAAAUGAUGACGUUCUAAGCAAACUAGAAUCUAUGAAAGACGAUAUGCUGAUUUAUUUGCAUCAAGCCUCAGAGUUAGAACCUUGGCUAGUCUGUAAGAAUAUGAAAAUCAAGUACACUCCAGAAUGUUUGUUAAUCGGUAACGUACUAAAUUCCACAGGCUCUUUAAAUGGCAUAACAAGACCAUCUGUCUUGGCAAAGAUAAGAGUCACAACUAUUAAAAAGUUUUUAAACUCUUUAACCGUAACAGUUGAUAGAUUUAAUCCAGAAUUAGUAGUAAGUAGAACAGAAAUGGAAGAGUUGAAACUCGCAAGACAGUUGAAACAAAUGCAAAAUGAUGCCUACGAAGAGUCACUAAAAUUAGAUAGGAAAAAGGAAGAAGAAAAGAAGAAGGCUGUAGAAUUGGCUGAGAAACAACUGAUAGAAGAAGAACAAAGACAAAGACAAAUAAAGAUAAAUGAAACAUUGAAACAUUUGAAGUGGCUAAAAAAAUGUAUAGAAAUAAUACAAGAACAAAACACGCAUACUAUCGAUACGAAUGAAAAAAUCGCUACUUUACAGAUUAGAACAUCUAAAGGUACUCGUAUGAUUAAAAAAUUCAAACCAACCACCACAUUGCAUUCCAUCUAUCUACAUGUUGGAUGCCAUCUAUACCUAGAUAAUUAUUCUUCAGAUAAAGAUGAGUUAACUAGAAGUAUUGUAGAUAUGGUAGAAUCACAUAUGGAUAAUGAAGCUUUAUUAUGCUUUAAAGAUAACGACAUUGAUAAAGAAGACUUGGAACUUGAUUCUGUUCUUGAUUUAAUUAAAUCAGAAAUUAUAAAAUUAAAGGUUCCUGACGAAAAAUUAACUGAUAUCGACUUCGACUUCGAAUUGGUCUCCCCAUUUCCUCGAUUCAACGUGCCUACAGAUAAAAAGGUAAGUGUCAAGGAGGUUAAGGAGUUGUGGCCUAAUGGUAGUUUACUAGUGGAAGAAAUCAUUGAAGAUAAUGAUGACGAAGACGAAGAUGACGAUUAUGAUGAGAAGAAACAAGAUUGA